CUCGUGCAUCUUUCUUUGUGAGCCGACGAACUCCUCACUCUCAGAGAUGGCUAGGUUUUUCACCCUGAACACUGGGGCAAAGAUUCCUUCGGUAGGUCUGGGAACCUGGCAGGCGGAUCCCGGCGUCGUCGGAGAUGCUGUAGUAGCCGCCGUCAAGGCUGGUUAUAGGCAUAUUGAUUGUGCUCGAAUAUACGACAAUGAGAAGGAGGUUGGUUUGGCUUUGAAGAAGUUGUUUGACGAGGGUGUAGUCAAGCGUGAAGAUCUGUUUAUCACCUCUAAACUAUGGUGUGGAGAUCAUGCACCGGAAGAUGUGCCAGUGGCAAUGGAUUUAACUUUGAAAGACUUACAGCUUGAUUAUGUAGAUCUUUACCUUAUCCAUUGGCCAAUUCGGGUUAAAAAGGGUAGUAGUGUCAGACCUGAAAACAUGAUGCCACUUGAUAUGCCUGGUACGUGGGGAGCAAUGGAAAAACUAUAUGAUUCGGGUAAAGCUCGUGCCAUUGGUGUGAGCAAUUUUUCUACCAAGAAGGUAGAAGAUUUGCUUGUGACUGCACGUGUACCUCCAGCCGUCGUUCAGGUGGAAUGCCAUCCUUGUUGGCAACAGAUGAAGCUCCGAGCAUUCUGUCAAUCAAAGGGCAUUCACCUCUCUGCAUAUUCCCCACUGGGUUCGCCUGGGACGACAUGGAUCAAGGGCAGCAAUGUACUUACAAACCCAAUUGUGAGCAUGGUUGCAGAGAAAUUGGGCAAGAGCCCUGCACAAGUUGCAUUGCGUUGGGGGCUUCAAAUGGGUCAUAGUGUGCUGCCCAAGAGCACAAAUGAAGCAAGGAUAAAGGAAAAUUUGAACCUUUUUGAUUGGUCCAUUCCUGACGACUUGUUUGCCAAGUUCUCUGAAAUUGAACAGGCAAGGCUGAUUAGAGGCAACUUUGCUGUUCACCCUCAAAGUAUUUACAAAAGCGUGGAGGAACUCUGGGAUGGCGAGAUCUAAGCAGCUCCUUUUUCUGUUACAAGUUCCUCAACAGUAAUGUUUCGCCCGGCACUCAUGCAAGUCUAAGAAUGAGUUUAUCCGAUUCUGAGAUAUACACUCCCAUCUUAUCGACUUCAAGUGCGUAAUUGUCUAGUUCUUUUUUGUGCCAAUAAAAGGCACUGUAAGACGUGUAUUGGUUGGCAAACAUGUAGUGUUUUCUUAUAAUAUCAGAUAUAUGAUCAGCUGGUUGAAUAGCUCAAAA